UGUCGGAUUGCAUGACAGCUAUCCAGCUUUCUUAGCACACUGACGAAGAAACGAUACUCCUCAAAUCUCCAGCCUUUUGUAUCUCGGCUUUUCGAUACCUUUGCUUCUGAAUUCAUGGUUUAAGCCGAAUAGCUAGAACUUUUAUUGGAGUAAUUAUUUAAUAUGAAGUUAAGGACGGUAUUUCCGUGCCUACUCGGACUUCUAUUAAUUUGUCUGGAUUAUACACAGGCACAGGGUUGUUCUGGAGCAAGCUGUCCUCCACAACCUGAUGAAUGUAAUUGUAUUAAAGGACGCAAAGGAUCAAGGGGAAGGCCUGGAGAACAAGGUCUGGAGGGACCACAAGGAAAACAAGGCCUGCCUGGACCUGAUGGACUCGAAGGACCAAAAGGAGUGAAGGGUGAAGCUGGAGGUCAAGGUCCAACAGGACCCCAGGGAGAAAGGGGAAUGGUUGGUGUUCCUGGAUUUGCUGGAAAUAAUGGAGUUCCAGGUGUCCCAGGCAUGAGAGGUCCAAAAGGAUUCUUUGGAUUGUGUGGCUGUAAAGGAGAAAAGGGUUAUGAAGGCAUUGAUGGCCCUGACGGCCCUCCUGGACCCCCUGGUCUGCCUGGAGAUAAAGGUUAUCGAGGGCAACAGGGAGAACCAUACAAAGGAACAGUUGAUGGAACACUUAUUAAAGGCUCUAUGGGUGAACGUGGCCCACUAGGACCUGCAGGACCAAAGGGACCACCUGGACCAAGUGGUGAUUAUGGACAAUCUGGAAUGAUAGGGCCCUCUGGUCCAGUGGGUCUACCAGGACCUGAAGGUCGCAAAGGCCCAAUUGGUGAACCAGGCCUUCCUCCCAUUCCUGGUUUACCUGGAGAUAUUGGAGAUCCAGGUGAUCCAGGUCCACCAGGAGAACUGGAGUUUCUUGGCCUUGAAAAUGGAGAAAUUGGAGAGCAAGGCCAACCAGGAAAUCAGGGUAGGCAAGGAGAAAAAGGUGAGUCAUAUGGCGAUCGUCCUGGCCCACCAGGAAUACCAGGUGCACCUGGAAUAAAAGGAGAGUAUGGAGAACCUGGCAAACCAGGACAAAGGGGAUCAAAAGGCAGAAAUGGUCCUGAUGGCCCUCAAGGCAAAAGAGGAGAUACAGGAACCCAGGGAGGACAAGGCCGAGCAGGACCACCUGGACCUAUUGGUAAUGUUGGUCGACCAGGCCCAGAAGGUCCUCCCGGAAUUGUUGGACCUAGAGGAAAGGGUGGUGUUCCUGGCCCAAAGGGCAUCAAGGGAGCAAAUGGCACAGUUGGAUAUCAAGGGCCUCGGGGAGACACUGGUUCAGAGGGAUUACCUGGUCCUGACGGGCCUAUUGGCCUUGGUCAAUAUGGUCCACCUGGAGAACUUGGUGACCAAGGACCACCUGGUCCUCAAGGCCCACCUGGUGUACCUGGUGUCAUUGGAAUGAAUGGUCCAAUGGGAGUUAAAGGAAAUGAAGGACCCAAAGGACAACCAGGACCAAGAGGUGACCCAGGCAAACAGAGUGAUGGAGCAAGGGGUAUGAAUGGAGCUCCUGGUCCCAAAGGGUACAAGGGUCCGAUGGGCGAUCCUGGUCUAGAAGGACAAAAAGCUGAACCACCAUUUUGCCCUGAGGGAUCUUGUCCACGGCCACUCAAAGGCGAACAAGGUGCCACAGGAAAUGUUGGUGAACCUGGACCUGAAGGAGAUCGAGGAAAACUAGGAGCCAAAGGACUGAAACAAAAAUGCCCUAAAUGUCCCAGUGGACCCCCAGGUCCAAAAGGAGAUAGUGGUCCCUCAGGUUUACCAGGAGGCAAAGGCGAAAGAGGUGUUGAUGGCCCCCCUGGAAGGCAAGGACAAGUUGGUAAYCCUGGACUAAAUGGAAUAGAUGGGCCUCCUGGACCUAAGGGUGUAAAAGGAGUACCUGGAAUACCAGGUCGUCCUGGACCUAAAGGUGAGAGUGGACAAAGAGAUGGAGAUGAACCUUUUGUAAGUCCAGGCCUACCUGGUGACCGUGGACCACCUGGUGAACAGGGUGCACGUGGACUCCCAGGCCCUAUUGGAGUUGAUGGUAAUCAAGGGCCAUUUGGAGAUCCAGGGCCAAAAGGACGCCCAGGAGCUCAGGGAGACCCUGGAAGAGAUGGCUUUCCUGGUCAAAGAGGAAACCCAGGAUUCCGAGGACCUAAGGGAAAAAAAGGAGAUAACCCAGACAUAGUACCAAUAGAUGAGUUUGGACCGAAGGGAAAUCCAGGUCCAGUUGGGGGUCCAGGAAGUAUUGGUGAGAAGGGAAUCAGAGGUGAACCGGGAACUGGACCACCAAAACCACAAUUAUUAAAAGCCAAAGGUGUAAAAGGAGAUGCUGGUGCUCAAGGUAAGCAAGGACCAAAAGGGGACAAAGGUAAUGCUGGCAAUAAUGGUACUGCUGGACCCAGUGGUGAAAAUGGCAUUCCAGGUCUUCAUGGUGCUAAUCUUCCUGGACCUCCUGGACUUAUUGGAGAAGAAGGUGCUUUUGGAUUUCAUGGACCUCGUGGUCCACUUGGGAUGAAAGGUAAUAUGGGAGCAACUGGUAACCCUGGCAACCCUGGUCUUCCUGGACCACCAGGAAGAAAGGGAGAACCAGGUAAUUCUAUUCCAGGCCCACCUGGAGAAGCAGGAGCAUUUGGACCAAAUGGAACUAAAGGACCGCCAGGUGAUCCAGGUCCCCUAGGUAGACCAGGUUUACCUGGAGCAAAAGGUGAACAGGGACCAAUUGGACCCACCGGUCCACCUGGCAUCGGAGAAAAAGGAACCCAAGGAUUCCCAGGUAGCAAAGGAUCAAAAGGAGAACCAGGUGAUAAAAUCAGUGGAAUUCCUGGUAAUCCUGGGAUUAUGGGUCUUCCUGGAACUCCAGGUUUGCCAGGGGAACCAGGAAACCCAGGAAGGGCAGGCCUGGAUGGUCCUCCUGGCCCUAAAGGCUUUAGAGGCCCAAAAGGUUACCCAGGAACCGACGGAGGGAUUGGUGAACCAGGGGCAAAUGGAGCCCAAGGACGACCUGGUCGAAUUCUUUGUGGCCAAGAAAAUGCUGACUAUGCCUUCCUAAUGGAUGCUUCUGGUAGCAUUCGACGAAGGGAAUUUAGCCUCCUGAAAACUUUUGUAAAUAACAUCGUAGAAUUUCUCCAAGUUGGGCCAACCCUUACCCAUAUUGGUGUGAUCGAGUACAGCUCUUCAGCUUCUCUCCAGCUCAAAUUUGAUGAGACUUACAACAAGGAAGAAAUACAGCAGCGUGUAGAGUCAGUUCCUCACACCCGUGGUCUGACAAGAAUAGAUUUGGCAUUAAAAGUUGCAACAGAACAGUUAUUUACACUUGGUGGGGGAAUGAGACCGAAUUCAAGAAAGGUUGUGAUUUUGCUGACAGACGGCAACCAAACCAGCACUGACAGAAUCAAAAAUCAAACACCUCUUCCUCUGGCAGUUGCGCCUCUGAAGAAGCUAAAUGCUAAAGUAAUUGCCAUUGGCAUUGGCAGUGUUGACAAGAAGCAGCUGUUGGAUAUAGUAGAUGAUGAAGAAGAUAUUCUACUGCCCACGAGCUUCGAUGACUUGGUUAAUUAUGUCAAACAGACUAUUGCCAAGUCUUGUCGAGGUUCCCCAGGAGAUAACGGUCCUUUUGGCCUGAAGGGUUACCCUGGACUGCCAGGUCCUCCAGGUCCAACUGGUUACAAAGGGAAUCCUGGCGGCACUGGUGAACAAGGAGCUGUUGGACUUCCAGGUUUACGCGGAAACAAUGGCCCACCAGGUGACCCAGGAAUGGUUGGAGACAAAGGAGCUGCAGGCUCCACCACUUCAGGUCCUCGUGGUCCCCCCGGAGAUGAUGGUUUACCUGGUCUUCCAGGCGAUAGAGGUCUUGAUGGUAUGCCAGGAAAGAAAGGAGAGCAAGGAAUGAAGGGAAUACCUGGGACACCUGGUGUGGAAGGGGAAGUAGGUGCUUUUGGACCUCCAGGUGCAAUUGGAGAGACAGGCUCGUUUGGGGCAACAGGUGAUGAUGGAAUUCCUGGGAAACCUGGUCUUCCUGGCCAAAGAGGUCCACCCGGGCGGCCAGGUAACCCUGGUCGUGAUGGAUUAAAUGGCCGUCGAGGUCGUCAAGGAGUCACAGGUACCACCGGUGAUCUUGGUGCCGAUGCCCAAGGACCACCUGGAGAACCUGGAAUAAACGGCUCGCGAGGACCCCCCGGAGAUAGCGGACCAAAUGGUGCGAUUGGUGAACCCGGAGACCCAGGACGUCCUGGUAUAUCUCCACAAGGACCUACUGGAUCCAGAGGUUCUUUUGGAGAGAAGGGAGAGAAAGGCAAUCCUGGAAAGUAUAACUUUGAUAUACCACUACCUACUGGCUUGCCCGGAGAACCAGGUGCUGAUGGCAAAAGCGGCAUGCCCGGUCUSAAGGGUGAGGUAGGCAACCCUGGUGGUAUUGGAGAAGCUGGUUCAAAUGGAAUAAGAGGUUUCCCAGGUGACACGGGUGAAUUUGGUGAUCCUGGUGUAAUAGGACCAAAAGGAUUUAAGGGAAUUAAGGGGUUACCUGGAUACGAAGGUCUAAGAGGUGUAAAUGGGGUACCAGGCAACCAAGGAGAACAAGGCGCUGAAGGCAACCAUGGUACAGAUGGUGUAAAAGGAAUACCCGGAACUCCGGGAUCCCCUGGAAGACCGGGUCGACCGGGUAUUGGUGGAAGGAUUGGAGAACCCGGCCAACCAGGUCUACCUGGACAAGAUGGCAAGCGUGGUAAUCAAGGCCCCAAGGGACCUUUUGGUGCUAGUGGUCUUCCUGGUGUGGCUGGACCACCAGGAGAUCGUGGAACACCAGGCCGACAAGGACGCCGCGGAAUAGAUGGUGAUAACGGAGUCAGUGGACCGCGUGGGGAUCCUGGAGAAAAUGGUCGGCGAGGUUUUGAUGGUAUUCCUGGACCACCAGGAGAAAAAGGUGGUAAUGGCUUGACCGGAAACCUUGGUUCGGUAGGAGAUCCAGGGCCAAUAGGAGAAACCGGUCCUCGCGGUGAGGACUCGAUUAAUCCAGGAGCCAAAGGUGGAAAAGGAGAUAUGGGGGAAAAUGGCUUCCCUGGUAGACCUGGCCCUCCUGGAGACCGUGGUAUCGCAGGUCCUCCUGGAAUUAUGAAAGGACCUCCAGGACCAAGGGGUAUACCUGGAUUACCCUCCAUUAUUCAAGGUCAGCCCGGAGUACCUGGUGCGGAUGGUCGCCCCGGUUUUCCCGGUGAUGCAGGUGACGCUGGUCUCCCAGGUCCACCCGGUGAUCCGGGCCCGGCAGGAGAUGGUCCAGCCUUUUUAGGUCACCACAUAGUGAGUCACAGUCAGUCUACCAGCCCGGCAGCCUGCCCACCUAACACACGAGAAAUUUGGAAUGGCUACAGUUUACUCUACGUUCAAGGACAUGACACAUCCCAUGGGCAAGAUCUUGGAUUGGCUGGGUCGUGUUUGAAACGCUUCACAACUAUGCCAUAUCUGUAUUGUAACAUCUUCAAUAAAUGCAAUUACGCAUCAAGGAAUGACUACAGCUAUUGGCUGUCUACCGAUAGGUCUGUACCUAUGAUGCCAGUUGAUGCAAGUGCCGUGGAGCCAUUCAUUAGUAGGUGUGCUGUCUGUGAAACCAGGGGACCAUCCAUGGCUGUGCAUAGUCAAACUAACCGGAUACCAGACUGUCCCGCUGGCUGGUCAUCUUUGUGGUCAGGCUACAGCUUUCUUAUGCAUACUGGUGCAGGCGGAAGUGGUAGCGGCCAAUCCCUUGGUUCUGCAGGUUCCUGCUUACGGUACUACCGCAGAAAUCCCUUCAUUGAAUGCCACGGUCGAGGAACCUGCCAUUACUUCGCAAACAAAUAUAGUUUCUGGCUCGCUACAGUGGACCGACAAUUCUCCUCAACACAGAAUCCUACCACACUCAAAGCUGAUACCCUUCUAGAUCGAAUAAGUCGCUGCACUGUCUGCGUCCGUUUGUCAAGAAAGAGAAAACGACAGCUCUCUCCACCCUAUCCACACCCACCUGUGGCUGGUCAACUGAAUCAAGACUCUGCUUUACGUCAACACCAGUAUCAAGCUAAUUCAGGUCGACAAGGUUUAAACCAUGGACAGUCUUAAUAGUUCACAAAUAGAGUAGAUAUCUGUGAAAAGGUUUCUUAUGCCYGGUUUAGGUUUCAAUAAAAUUUGUAGAAUAUCAUCCAGAAGACAAAAUGUGAAAUGGCAACACUAAGAACACGUAUUUUGAACUUCCUUCGAAAAAAUCGUACGCUACAAAAAUCUUAUGCGAUUACUCCUACUCGAUAAGUCGAAGGGAGUAAACUAAAUCGAGCAUAAGAAAUGACUUCUUCCAUAAACCUCGUACCGGUCUCUCUCCGUCUAUAGACCAAAGUUGUCCCAAUAUUAUGUUUUUGAUUUUGUAUUGCCCUUUUUUCUUUCRACUUUAUAUAACCGAAAAAAGGUACCACAAAUAUUUUUUCUAUUUAGUUUAACCGACCCUUUGUUUUUCCAAAAGAACAAAAGAAGACUGGUAAUGAGUACGUAUACAUAGAACUGUGGGGCUGACGGYAGUUCUUAUGUACCUUUUUCCCCACAGUACCAUCAAGUACGCCUUAACUGAUCACUUAUCUUCUUUUAGACCUUAAAGGGUGGGGGUGAAAGAGAUGUUGGCUCACCAAAAAUUAGACCCUAACUUGUUUUCCAAAUAAAUAAAUGAGAGUGGGGGAAAAAACAAGGAAAAAACAUAGGAAAUGGGCACUCGUCUCUAAAAAAAAUAAAUUAAAAAAUAAUUUCAUUUUGUAAAGGAACAAAUAAUUUUAUCAUUAUGUGGUAAAAAAUCACAAAAAAUCACUUUUAGUCUGGGAAUUUUUUAUUGAAAUUGUGUAAUUUUUUAGGUUUACUAGGCUGCUAGUUAUUCUAGUAAGCUGAGUAGUACUAAACACUAAUAUAGAAUGGUAUUUUGUAUUUUAACUAAGUAAUAAGCGAAAAAAACUGAAGUUUUCUAGUGGAAAUUGGCCUUUKUCAAUGCGAUUCCAUCAUCCCUUGCGCUCUACGUGCAUGAAUAAGGCUAGCAACUUGAAGACUUAUCCAUUUAAAUAAAAGGCACGCUAUUUGUCCUUAGAAAAAUAUAUCUUUUAUGCGUAUUUUACCUGAAAUUUGUACCAAAAAAUAAAUAUUCAAAAGCAAAAAAAAAAAGAAUUUUUAGGUAGAUUUUUUAUUGCAUUUAUAUUGGUUUUACAUAUAAUAGUAAUGGGUGCUGUUAAAUUUUUGGAGAUUAUAAUUGAUUUUGUACAAGGAAACUUUAGUAAAUUUUGGGUUGUAGUUUCAGUUUAAAUAUUUGCAAAUUAUUCAUUAAAUUUAUAGUCRCAUAUAAUUUGUUAACUUUAUUAAAAUUGUAAUGGAAAUU